AAAACAAUAGCGCUCGAUGAUAGCGGUAGUGCAGUGUUACGUGCAAAUUGAGUACCACUGAGCGAAGUUACGAAGUGCUAUCAUAGUGGUACAAUGACAUCGAUAUUGUCGACCACUAUCGCAAAAAGCAAUUCCCUCGGAUAUUUAACUCGAUUAUGUAAGGCAUCAAAAAAUGUUAAUAACCUGAUGCAAGUGGCAUUUAUGAGGACAUUGAAAUUUAAAAUUGAAACACCUAAACCAGAUCCAUAUCCUUAUUGGAAUAAAUCAUGCCUCAAAACAAACAAGAUUAUUGAUCUAACAUGUCUCACGUACGAUGAAAAUACCAAAUUAAUCGUUGUAGAUGGCCCUCCCGCAGUAGGGAAAAGCAAAUUCUGCGAAGAUUUAGCAAAAGAAUUUGGAUUACUGUAUAUGCCAUCACCAACAUUCGAUGAUAUGUAUAUAAAUUGCUAUGGAUACGACGUUCGCAAUAUAAAUCCAGAUUUGCCAGAAGCAUGGCAAUUCCGUGAUCUGAAAAAUUUCCUAAAAGAUCCAAGUCAUACAGGAACACCUCGUAUCCAACUGGGAUAUCUUUUAAUGAGAUAUGAACAGUGCAUGAACGCAAUAAUUCAUAUAUUGUCAACGGGACAAGGUGUUAUUCUUAACCGAUCCAUUUUUACAGAUUUUGGUUUUAUAUAUGCCAUGUAUAAUUCCGGGUAUAUACAAGAAAAUAGCCUGAAAAUAUUUGAACAGCUCAAAAACGAAGCAACAAAGCGGUUGCUGAUGCCACAUUUAGUCAUAUAUUUGGAAGCAACUCCAGAAACUACUCUAGAAAGAAUUAGGAAACGAGGUAAUUCGGAUGAAAUUAAUUCAAAAGUUUUCACAAAGAAAUAUUUAUCGGAUCUGGAUAAUGGAGUGAAGGAGAAAUGUUUCUCCUGGCUAACAAACCAUUCAGAAAUAUUAGUCUAUGAUUGGAACAAGGGGGGCAAUGCUAAAGACGUAGCAGACGACAUAGAAAACUUAGACUUGGAGGAAUCUGAGGUGAAAACUAAAUUCAGUGAUUGGAUAUUUCGAGACAGUCAUCAUUUAAAUGACGUUGUGUAUUCGUAUCAGACGAAAUGGGACUUGCUUGUAGACAUAGAUGAUAUUAUUUUUGACAAAUGUGCUAAAGAAUUUCUGCUUCCGGGUGAAGCAGAAGACACAAUACGAGAUAUACUUGAUAAAAUCGACACUGAAAAGUAUCAGUACGAGUAUAAUCCAAAGUACCAGAAAAUUCCAUGGUUUACACGAGAAAGAGUUAUGGUAUUUAGUUUGUACCGUCGUACGCCUCGUGAUUUUGUAAAUUGUAAUCUAUUUGAACUGCCAUACCAGACUAAAACUAAUUUGUUAUAAUUUAAGUCUUAAAAUAAAUCAUGUAGUAAUAAAAAAAUUUAAUGUGUCGACUUUAUCAUGAAACAAAUAUGUUAAAAAUAUAAAUAUAUUUUUAAAAUUACAUAGAUGUAGAUAUAUAAUUACUUACACAUGUACGCAGGCGUCAUAUUAAAUACACUAGCUAUAUAUCUACAUAUUAUAUUCAUUUAAAUACAUACACACUCACACACAUAUAUUUAUAUUUAUAUUUAUAUUUAUUUUUAUAUAGAGAAAUAAAUUAGAAUUUUGAUUAUCAGUAAAAUUUAUACAAUUCAUACAAAUAAGUUGAUUUACACAAAGAUUAUCGAGUAAUGUACAAAUAUAUGAAAUUAAACUUUAUCUUGCACCACUUUGUUAAGUCACAACAUCAUUAUUCACAACAUUAUAAUUUAUUGUUUCAUUAAUAUGAAAUUAAUUUAAUUUUACAAAAUUAUGUUACAAAUAAAAAUUAAAAUAACUGUUUACAAAAAUGUACUCCAUUCUAUAAUAACUCACUUCUUAAAUAAAUUUAAAUAAAAGUUGUAUUUAUAUUUUCUAUUAUACUUAACAGCAAAAUGUUCAUUUUAAUUUUAUAUCCCAUUAUCGUUUUGUCGAUGUAUAAAUAAAAUAAAAGUCGGAAUGUAUUUCCAUACGCAAAACUGUACUAAAAUUCUUCUAAGACCAAGGUGUUUUA